AUGAACUUGGGUAAACGACAUAUUUUUUUCUUCGCUCAUCUUAUUCAUUUAAUAUCAGCUUGGGAGUACAAAGAUGUUGGUUUGUGGGAAAAUGAAUAUCCAUCCUGCGGUGGCGCACAACAGUCUCCAAUAAAUCUUGAUGAUAUCGAGCAAAGUGAUAAUUCAGAAGGAAAAAUCACUUUCAAGCGUUAUAACAUAACUCCUAAAAAAAUGAUGAUAAAAAACAAUGGACAUACUGUGGAAAUAAAGCCCAAAUGGGAUGGCCCAUCUAAUCGAAAGCCUAGGGUCAUUAAGAAUGGCACAGAAUAUGAAGUUGUUCAAUUACAUUAUCAUUGGGGUUCUUCUAAUGAUAGUGGAAGUGAACAUGUAUUUAAUAAAGUCAGUACAUCACUAGAAGUACACGUAGUUCAUUGGAAUCCUGAUUACGGUAGUUUUGAUCCAGAACAAGGAGAAGGAAUACUUGUCAUUGGAAACUUAUAUAUAACUGAUGAUAGAUACGGUGCUGAAUAUUUGGAUGGGGUGAUAUCUUCGUUUCCCAGCAUUGUUGAACCAGAUUCCGAACCUGUUGAAAUUGAACCAUUUUCAUUGUCAAAGAUACUUACUGAAAGCUGGGCUGAUGCUUAUCUUACUUAUACUGGAUCUUUAACGACACCACCGUGCAGCGAAGGUGUUUCAUGGGUUAUAUUAAAUUAUCCGAGCAUAGUUGAUAGUCGACAGAUGGAAGCAUUCCGAACUAUUAAAUUUGCUCAUGGUGAUGAUCACAACAAUCGUCCGAUUCAAUCAUCAAAUUCGCGACAAAUAACUCGAGUUUUAAGAUUUUAA